GGGCCUUGCGUGCGCCCGCAACGAAGAUGGCGGCUUCCAUGCUGAAGUGGAAGCGCGUCUCGGGCUCCAGCGGGCCGGUGCCCAGGCCCCGGCACGGACACCGGGCGGUGGCCAUCAAGGAGCUGAUGGUGGUGUUCGGCGGCGGCAACGAAGGGAUCGUCGACGAGCUCCAUGUUUACAACACGGCCACAAACCAGUGGUUUAUCCCAGCAGUGAGGGGUGAUAUCCCGCCUGGAUGCGCUGCCUACGGUUUUGUGUGUGAUGGAACCCGCCUGCUGGUAUUCGGGGGCAUGGUGGAAUACGGGAAGUACAGCAAUGACCUCUUUGAACUACAGGCCAGCCGCUGGGAAUGGAAAAAACUGAAGCCCAAACCUCCCAAGAAUGGGUCGUUACCAUGUCCACGCCUAGGCCACAGCUUUUCCCUGGUGGGGAAUAAAUGCUACCUGUUUGGAGGCCUGGCCAAUGACAGCGAGGAUCCUAAGAACAACAUUCCACGUUACCUGAAUGAUGUUUACGUAUUGGAGCUGAGGCCAGGCUCGGGGGUACUGAGCUGGGACAAUCCCAUCACCUACGGGGUGCUGCCCCCUCCACGGGAGUCUCACACUGCGGUCAUCUACACCGACAAAACCCUGAAGAAAUCCAAGCUGGUCAUCUAUGGAGGCAUGAGUGGCUGCCGACUCGGCGAUCUCUGGACGUUGGACAUCGAUACACUAACGUGGAACAAGCCAAAUGUGAAUGGUGUUUCCCCACUCCCACGGAGUCUGCAUUCGGCUACCACCGUCAGCAACAAAAUGUAUGUGUUCGGAGGCUGGGUCCCGUUGGUCAUGGAUGACGUGAAGGUAGCCACGCAUGAGAAGGAGUGGAAAUGUACCAACACGCUGGCUUGUCUCAAUCUGGACACGAUGACCUGGGAGCCGGUGGUGAUGGAGGCGCAGGAGGAUAAUCUUCCCCGGGCUCGUGCAGGCCACUGCUCGGUCGCCAUCAACUCUCGGCUGUACAUCUGGAGCGGGAGGGACGGAUACCGGAAGGCGUGGAACAAUCAGGUGUGCUGCAAGGACCUGUGGUACCUGGAGACAGAGAAGCCCCCAGCCCCGUCAAGGGUACAGCUGGUCCGUGCCAACACCAACUCGCUAGAGGUGAGCUGGGGGUCCGUGCCCACUGCUGAUGCCUACCUGCUCCAGCUGCAGAAGUACGACAUACCAGCUGCCACACCGGCCUCCCAGCCGCUCCCCUCGGUGCCCGCCGGGCAGCCCAAGAGCCCGGCCCCAGCCUCGGCUGCUCCCUCCCCCCAGCAGGUGGGUAGCUCGCUGCUGCCGCAGCCCCCAGGAUCUGCUGUGCCCUGCUCGCCUCCAGUGCCAGCUUCACCUGCGGCCGCCUCGUUGGCCCCUCCGCAGACCCUGCUGGGAGGGGCCACCGCCACCGCCACUGGAACCCGGGCGCAAGGUACGACAGCGGUUCUGCGGGUGGCAUCGCCUCAGGCACCAACUGUCCUAUCGAGCGGGACCUCCCUCAUUGCUGUGAGGCCGACAGGGAGCCAGGGGAAGGUGCCAGUCCCUGUAACAACGCUGUCAACGGGAGUCCACAUGGUAGUGCCGGCGCAGGGCACCCAAGGCAUGAAAUCUGUCCACUUCCUGACCUUGAGAGCCAUGAGCGACUUGGUUUUGCCUGGGCUAGACAACAAAGGAUCGCGAGCAGAAAAGUCUCCUCCAGCAGCCCAUGUUCCAUCGUGCUGCCUUCCAGCACUUAACCCUGCCUGGGUGUUCAGUGGGGUCAGCACCUCUUCUAGACACCAGGAAAUAUGGGCGUUUUGGGGUCCUCUGCAACUGGCGGUGACGAGCAACACCGGCAUGAAGUCUCCGAUCACCAUCUUCACCACCAAAGUGAUGACGCCGGGUACCAGCAGCCCUGCCAAGAUCAUCACCGCUGUGCCAAAGAUCAGUGGAGGAACGGGCCAACAGGGGCUGACGCAGGUGUUACUGAAGGGUGCCCCUGGGCAGCCGGGCACCAUCCUGCGCACUGUCCCGGUUAGUGGCAUGCGGUUAGUAACACCGGUAUCAGUCUCGGCAGUGAAACCAGCUGUCACCACCCUGGUGGUCAAGAGCACAACAGGUGUGACCACUCUGGGCACGGUGACGGGAUCCCUUGGAGGGACCGCGGGGGUGGGCGCCGCCACCAGCCUGGCUGGCACCCUGGGCACCUUCUCCAGCCAGCUGAUUAACUCGGCGGUCAUCACCGUGUCUGCCGCUCAGUCCGGCCUCACCACGAGCAGUACGCCAUCUGUCGCCGUGCAGGCGCCGUCAGAACCCACACGGGUCACGUUAAUCACCGCACCGACCGGGGUGGAAACGUCAUCAAUCCAGGAGUUGCCCAUCACCAUCCUUGCCUCCCCAACCAUGGAACAGCCCUCGCUGGUGCACAUGCCCGAGAGCGGGCAGGCUGAGAGCCGGGCAUCUGGGAGCCCACCCUUGGUCUGCUCCAACCCUCCCCAUGAGACGUCUGAAACCACCACCACGAACACUGCCACGACAGUGACUGCCAACAUGGAUCCCAACCAGGUCCAGCCUCCGCCCACUAACGCGCAGGGCCUCCCGGAGACCGUGCACGGGGAGACAGCCACCGCAGGCACAACCAACACAGCUACCACAGUGUCUGCUGUACCGACAGGAGCUAAUACCACAGUGACACAGUCAACCCCGGCGCCGAGCCCCUCCAUCCCGGGCGUGGCGAGGAUAUCGGAAAGCACGGAUGUCACAACGUCGACAGAACAGCCAAGCCCCUCGACUGGUGAGCAGCCUGUGGCCCCAGACACAGUCGCUGGGCCCCCCGCAGCUACAGGGGAGGAUGCUGUAUCACCUGGGCCCACCGCAGAGACUGGCAACCCCCUGCAGGCUGGUGAGGGCACAGGAGCCGAACAGCUGGCACCCCCUCAGGAGCUGAUGGCGGACGCGAUGGCCGGGCAGAGCGAUCUGGCGGGCCUGACACCAGAGGAACUGGCAGUGACCGCGGCCGCAGAGGCAGCGGAACAGGCGGCUGUCUCUCAGGAGGUGCAGGCCCUCGCCCUGCAGGCUGUGCUGCAGGCUGCACAGCAAGCUGCCAUGGGUUCUGGGGAAACGAUCGAGAUGCCAGACCCAAAGCAGCAGCCCCACGAGGCAGAUCUGGCCCAGCUGAGUGCAGUGCCCGGCGCCGCCCAGCAGGCAGCGCUCCCGCUUGCCGUGCUCGCUCACCAAGAUCUGGCGGCGUUAGUCCAGCAGCAGCAGCAACAGCAGCAGCAGCAGCAGCAGCACAUCCUGCCUGCCGGGCCUAGCCAGCCCCAGCUACCCACCGAAGCCCUGGCACCCGCUGACAGCCUCAACGACCCUACAGGGGAGACCAAUGGGCUUGGUGAGCUCGGCGUGCCUACCGACAGCGUGGGUACCCACCCGCUCCUCCCCCCGACCACCACCGAGGGUCUGGCACCAUCCAGCUCUCUCGCUUCCCCGCAGCCAGUCUCCGUGGUGAGUCCCAGCAAGCUUCAGGCAGCCACAACGCUUGCAGAGGUUGCCAAUGGGAUUGAGCCCUCCUCAACUGCGAAAGGGGACACAUCCUCCGUCACUCCGAAACCCGCCGUCAAGAAGGAUCUGAACCAGUGGCUCGAUGUUGGGGUGAUCAAAGGCACAACGACUGUGGUGACCCACUAUCACUUGCCGCCAGACGGUUUGCCUGGCAGAGACGAUGAUUCUGCACCGAUCCCAGACCACAGCCAGCUGAAACGGCAGGAGCUCCAGUCAGGCACCGCCUACAAAUUUCGGGUGGCGGGCAUCAACGCCUGCGGGCGAGGACCGUUCAGUGAGAUCUCCGCCUUCAAGACCUGUUUGCCGGGCUUCCCGGGGGCUCCUUGUGCCAUUAAAAUAAGCAAGAGUCCAGAUGGGGCCCACCUGACGUGGGAGCCCCCCUCCAUGACAUCGGGGAAGAUUACUGAGUACUCGGUCUACCUUGCCAUCCAGAGUACCCAGUCGAUGGAGCUGAAGCCCAACAGCCCAGCGCAGUUGGCCUUUAUGAGAGUGUAUUGUGGCCCCAACCCUUCGUGCCUGGUCCAGUCGGCCAACCUGUCCAACGCUCACAUUGAUUACACCACCAAACCUGCGAUCAUCUUCAGGAUAGCAGCUCGAAACGAGAAGGGGUAUGGACCUGCCACACAGGUCAGGUGGCUCCAAGAAACCAACAAAGAUGGUUCAGUGGUGAAACCAGCGGUGAAGCGAUCCAUCAGCUCACCAGAAACGAAAUCGUCGAACCUGCCCAAGAAGACGAAAGCGGACGGCCAGUGAAUUUUGUAUUAUCUCUGAUCAUGCACCCCCUCCCGUCCAGCACACCCCUCCCCAACUCCCGCCCCAUGCGCACAGUGGAACGAGAGACACCAAGAUCGUGCUGAGGGGCAUUUUAACUCUUCCCCCUUUUUCACCCUCCCUCCCCCCACCCCCAUCCCCUGCCAAACCAGUGAGCCACAUCUUGCGCCUUUGAGUAGAUUGUGAUUGGGCACUUCUGCUGAAAGCAGUAAUCUACCCAUGGAACGAGCAAGGAUUGAAUGGACAGGACCGGAAGUUGCUUUGAUUUUUGAACAGAGUGCAAACCUCAAACUCGAGCUCCCUAGCACCUUCACCACCCUACCCCCAGCCCUGCCAGCUCUCACCUUGUCCAAACUCCUUGGAGAGACAGGAACGGGAGUCACGGACGGAGACCUACGUGUGUUGUGCCACAGGAAGCCACGCCUCGCUGCGUGUGUGGAGCUUGCAGAGAGGAAUAUCGUUUUUUUUAUUAUAAAUGUAUAUAUAUAUAGGUGUAAAACAGCGCGAGAAUUUUAGUCUGAGGAAUUGUUCCUGAGUUAGCUCAUUUGUGAUGAGGAGGGACUGGGACACUGUCUCGAGAUAUCCCCACACUCCCCCAAACGGGAGCUGUCUGAGAAAGAGCUGUUGAUUUCCAGUCAUACCAGGGCAGCGUGGGUCCUGGAGUUGUACAUAUAACCCUUUGGUCAGGUCAUUCCGUCCCUCUGCCCUUCACUCACCUCUCGCUCUGUUUCAUCCCCUCUCUGCAUCUUGUUUUCUCUCUCUGUGUUUCUCUCUCUGUCCCCCUGGUUCUGUCCACUCACUCCCUCUCCACUCACUCCCUCUCCAAUCACUUCUGAGCUCUAGAGGGAUAGGGACGGAUCAAACCUUUUGACCGAAAGAUGUUUUUAAAAACGUGUCUCUGGUCAGUCCCAUCCCAGUUCCUCCUCAGGCCCCCUAACCUGGAGAUAAUGGUCUGAUGAUCUGUUGGAGCUCCUCGGAGCGAGUAUUUUUUUGGUAGGACUCCAAUGAUGUUCGUAUUGUGUAGCUUUGUGUUGACUUUUUUUUUCCUUUUUACAUAUGAAAACCAGUAUUUGAAAUAGACGUUUUGGUGGUUGUGGUAA